UAGGUUAUGUUAAAAAGUUUUUUUACAAGGUUAUAGCCGUCAUCUGUCAAUCUAUCAAAUACUGCUCACUGCACGUUUCAUUCGUAUAAUCGAGUAAAUCGCUUUUUUCAAAGUUUUGCUAGGCUGAUACUUGUUGUUUAUAAUUAUUAUGGCAAAUAAUUAGGUAUUUCAUAUAAAAAAUGAUUGAAUUGAUUGUUUAUUGUAUUAAGAAUUAAAAUCUGUAUAUAGGUACAGAGGUAUUGAUAUCAGUUAAACUAUACCUUACAACGGAAUUGUAAACAAUAACAGAAUACGCAAAGUCCAUGCUUACCUUAAAAAUUUGAAAUGGGGGCAAAAUUAGAAGAUAAUUCUUUACGAUACCGCAGAGCUCAGAGUGUUACGAAGGCUGAAGAAAUCACGGAAAAAGAAAAGAAAGCUCGACGUCUCCAAUUAGAUCGACCAUGUCACAAACCGAGAGAUUCAUUAUUCUCAUGGAGCUCAGAAUUUACCGAUUUCACUGGUCUGGUGAACUGGGGCUUUCUUAUGUUAACAAUUGGUGGUCUUCGCUUGUGCCUUGAAAAUUUUUUAAAAUAUGGAAUACGUGUCAACCCCAUUGAAUGGAUCAUACUUUUAACUGGCUAUAACGAAGGGAAUAGCGAUCAGUAUCCUUCGAUAGUGUUAUUAAUAUAUAGUGUUGUGCCAGCUGUUACGAGUCUUUUAAUUGAGAAAGCAAUGGUUGUGGAUAUCCUGUCAGAAAAAAUUGGCGUAGUAUUGCAAAUACUAAAUAUUCUGUCUACAAUCAGCCUACCAGUGUUGGUGCAUAACUUUAGCAGUCAGGAGUUUAGUUUUGUGGGUAUAACAACAGUAUGCACAAUAUAUUUGAUACUGUUCCUAAAGCUGUGGAGCUAUGUCCAAACAAACCAUUGGUGCAGGAAUGGCUCAAAAGGAAAACAUGUAAAGAAUACAAUGCGCAGGCAAAGUCUCUCGGCACCUAAUUGGAAUCAACUUGUUAACGCUGAUAGUGACCAAACUGCAGAAAGUGAGAAGGACGAUGACUUAGUGACUGGCAUCGUGAGCUACCCGGAUAACAUAAACCUCCGAGACUUGUUCUAUUUCCUGUUGGCGCCCACACUCUGCUAUGAACUAAACUUCCCUCGUACUACAAGGAUCAGGAAAAGGUUUUUGAUCAAACGGAUUGUGGAGGUGAUAUUUGGAAUAAACCUGAUUAUGGCUUUGUUUCAACAAUGGAUGAUCCCGUCCGUCACGAACGCCAUGGAUCCCUUCUCGAAAAUGGACUAUAUAAGAAUAGCCGAGAGAUUAUUGAAACUGGCGGUCCCCAAUCAUUUUAUAUGGCUCUGCUUCUUCUACCUGUCGUUCCACUCGUUCCUCAACCUGGUGGGCGAGGUGAUGCACUUCGCGGACCGCAACUUCUACAACGACUGGUGGAACGCGCGGAACAUCGCCGUAUUCUGGAGCACGUGGAACAUGCCUGUGCACAUGUGGGCGGCGCGACACGUGUACGUGCCCAUCACGGAGAUGGGAUACACCAAAGGGGUUGCCAGUAUUGUUGUCUUCUUCAUAUCCGCCUUCUUCCAUGAAUACCUCGUGAGUGUUCCUCUACAGAUGUUUAGGAUCUGGGCCUUCCUCGGUAUGAUGGCUCAGCCCCCACUCUCAGUGAUAUCCCGGUUCAUUGGCAAGCGGUUUGGUGCUCGGUGGGGCAACAUCAUAGUCUGGAGCUCACUGAUACUGGGGCAGCCCCUUGCUAUCAUGAUGUACUAUCAUGACUACGCAUUAGCUCAUUACAAAUAACUAUUAAUUACAAAUUAAUUAGGCAAAAAAACAAAAACAUUACAAAUAAAUAUUAUUACAAAUUACAUUAGGCACAGGCAUUUAUUAAUUAUUGCCUAAAACAAGCAUUUUGUUAAAUUGAACUGCACUGAACAAAAAUAUGAAAUUAAUACAGGAAUGAAAUUAUUUAUAAUUAAUAUUUACCGGCAUUGCAUUUUGAAAUCAUUUGCAUUAUAUACAAAUUACCUAAUUUAAGUUUUAAAAUUGUUAAAAAAAAUUUUAUAUUAUGAUUACAGGCCAGCAUGAUAUUUUUUAGUUGUAGUUUACAUGGGAUUUUGUUUUAGUAUUAUGUAGUUGUACUUGUAAUUAAGUUAUACAGUGGGUACUUUCACGGCCUUACAAAUAAACUUGGUAUAAAGUUAUAACUAAGCAUAAACAAAGAAUAUGCAAAAUGUUUACAAUAUCGUUGACAACACUGUCAAUACAAUGAUAAUUCUGAAGUUUUCCGAAUGACAAGCAGCCUUGCAAAUAAACGCGGGAAACGUUAUACGUCCGAAUAAAGCAAUCGUAAGCAAAAUGUCUAUUUGUAAACAUUUUGCAUUUUCUUGGUUUAUGAUUAGUUAUAACUUUAUACCAAUUUUAUUGGUAAGGCCGUAAUUAUUUCAGUAGUUAAUAUUGGGUAAGGUUUAAGUGCUCAACAACAAUAUUUACCAAAAAGAGUCAUUGAUACUAAGUGUAAUUGAAUUAAAGAAUUGAACAUUAUUAGAACAAUAAAAUGAUGGUACUCUGCUAAUUAGUAUUGCCAAAGAAAUACACACAAAAGUACAAAUGAAAGUAUACAAAAUAUAAAUUAUAAUGGUGCUUAAUUUUUUAUUUAUUUAAUGGCAAGGGAUGCAAAUUUGUUCUUCAGGUAGUCUCUACUUGCCUAGUACUUUUAAUUAAAAAAGUGAAAUAAUGUUGCCAUAUCUUAAAAGUAAUAAUUGAAUAUGUAUAUGGGUUUCAUAUAAUAUUUUUAAACAUAUAGAUAGUUACAGAAAUUAUUAUGUAUUUAUUUUAUAAAAAAGGGUUGUAUUUUUUACACUAUAAAGGAAAUAUAUAACAUCCAAUAUUUUUAUAUGAUUAUAUUUAUUAUAUCGGAUAUUUAUGAAAGACUGAUAUAACUGAGUUAACAGCUAUAUUUAUUGUGAUAAUUAUUGCCAUUUUGGAUUUUUGUUAUUAAAGUUGCAAAUCUAUAUUAUAUUUUGUUGAUUAUAUUUUGAAAUUAUAUAUAAAUCAUACUUUGUUACUUUUUUUAAUGUAAAAUGUAACAGUUGAUCUAUUUACAAUUUAUAUUAUAACUGAAUUAUAAAGAAUAGAGAUUUUAAAUUAUUUUUAUAGUUCUUGAAUGUUUUGAAUUAAUUUUAAUUUUAAUAAAACUUUUUGAUAUUUA